AAAUCUUGCUAUAGCAACACAUUUCAUCGCGAGAGUGACGUAUGAACGGCCGAAAACGAAAAGCCUCUGUGUGCCGUUGUUAUCUUCUAACAUUUCUGAAGAAUGGAGACAAACGGCCAGGCAAAUGGGCCUAAAUCUAAAAAGGAAAAAAAUGGUGAUACGAAGGACAACUUAUGGUCUGCGAUUUUAGAAGAAGUCCAGAAUCAGGGCAAUACGAAACUACCUUCAAACAAAAAUGUGUUAGUUUUGGGUAAUAAUGAGACUGGCAAAACCACACUAAUCGCGAAAUUACAAGGAGUAGAGGAUCCUAAGAAGGGGUCGGCACUCGAAUAUGCAUAUAUAGACGUUAGAGAUGAGUAUCGCGAUGAUCAAACACGCCUCAGUGUAUGGGUACUGGACGGUGAUCCAGGGCACACUAACCUGCUCAAGUUCGCCCUCAACGAGGAGACAUUCCCCCACUCGCUGGUCAUCUUCACGGUGGCUAUGACCACGCCAUGGGGGAUUCUGGAGCAGCUACAAACCUGGGCCACAGUGCUCGGGGACCAUAUAGACAAAUUGGAUCUCACACCUGAACAAAGGUUACAGAGUAAAAAACAGCAGCAGCAGAAAUGGCAGCGGUACACAGAGCCCGGCGACGAGAUGGAGCAAGCAGCCUCAUCGCCCAUGAAGAGGUCCUCUAGGAACCUGUCGGACGACCUGGACAGCGAGGAUGAUGAGAACCCGCUGCCCGAAGCUGUGCUGACCACUAAUCUGGGGUUGGAUAUAGUGGUUGUUGUCACUAAGACUGACUACAUGAGCACCUUAGAAAAAGAGCACGACUAUCGCGACGAGCACUUCGAUUUUAUGCAACAAUGGAUCCGGCGGUUCUGCCUCCAGUACGGCGCGGCUCUGUUCUACACGUCCGCUAAAGAGGACAAGAACUGCGACCUGCUGUACAAGUACCUCACGCACAGGAUAUACGGCCUGCCGUUUAGAACUCCGGCCCUCAUUGUUGAGAAGGACGCCGUGCUGAUACCCGCCGGUUGGGAUAGCAUGAAGAAAAUUAGCAUAUUAUACGAAAACAUGCAGAGCUGUAAACCAGACGAUUACUACAGAGACAUCAUAGUGCAGCCAGCGACGCGGAAGAGCGGAGCUAACCGGGAAGCAGAGGUGGCGGCAGAAGACGAGCAAGCAUUCCUGCAGCGCCAGCUCGCCGCGCUGCAGGCCGGCACGCCCGCGCCGCGCGCCGACUCGCCGCUGCGGGCCGCGCAGCGCGCCACGCAGUUGGACGGCGCCAAGAUCGGCAUGGGUCCCGGCACCCCGGGCAACGAGGGCGUGCUGGCCAACUUCUUCAACUCGCUGCUGUACAAGAAGACCGGCAGCCCCGCCGGCCGCACGCCCGACCCCGCGCCCGGAGCGGCCGCGGCGGCAGCACGCUCCGACGCGGCCGCCGAGCUAGACCGCCUGACGCGCGCGAAGCCACGCCCGCCGCCUCCGAUCGACUUGAACUCAUCCUCCGAGUGCUAGCGCUAAGGGUACAAUGUCGUACAGCGGGCGUACAAAGCACUCGCCUACACCGCGCUCGUUAAACACAUUGCUGGCUUGUACUUGUCGACGCGACAUUACUCGCGGCCGGGUAAGCAUCCAUCCCGUAGGGCGUUCCCGGAUCCCGGGAGCACAGUCCCGGACUGCAAGCAUCCGUAGCUCCCUGCUUCGUCUAAUCGCGUUACGCCUUGAGAUUCUUCCAGUCGCGGUGUAUAUAGGAUUCGGCGGAUCGCAAACAUAGUUUUGUACUCAUUUUAUAAAGUGUUGGGCGCCAUUGUAAAACCUAUUUUAAAUUGAAAUAAUAGCUAAUACUAUUAGGAUUUUAUAGACACUUCUAAUAUUAUAUGACUAAUAUUUGAUAUAAAAUAGGCCGACAUGGCAUUGUGAGCGUCCGCGAUACACUGUAUUGUUUAUAUAAAUUAGAUAUUUAUGCAAUGAACUUUGAAAUUUGAAUAGCUCUUCAAUGUUGCUCUACGAGGAUAAUUUUCUAUUCUGUAACAAUUUUUGUUUGUAAUUGUUCAUGAUAUUAAUAAGUAUUUAUUUAGAUAGCAUCGUGAAACUGAUUGUAGUUAAAGGUAAAGCCCAGCAUUCACUAUACGACACGUAUGAAUCGGUUGACAGGCUGCGGCUGCGCGUCAGAUUCGGAUACACGAGUGGAUUUUUUUGUAAUCCAGCGUAUGUAAUGGAAACGAACACUCAAAAAUGCUCAUUACAAGACCUUAUAACGUUGUAAUAACAGUUACGAAUGGUCAAAUUGUGUUGUCGAUGGUGAAUGCUGGGCUUCAUAAGCAUCAUCUGAGAUUAGGAGGUUCCAUAACAUGUGAUCUUCUGUGAAGACUGGCCGUGUAAGAUCAGGACACGUUUAUGCACAAUGAAGUCACUAUUUGUACAAACCGUGUUUAUGUACAAUGAAAAUAUUUGUAUGUAACGAUCAUUUCAUACGCUCAUAUGUAAAUUGUUGUUUUCGACGGUCCGAGAUGUAAUGGUGACCUUUGUUGUGUGUUUUAAACGAAUUUAUUUAUUACUUAAAGCAUAAUUCUCAUUUUGAUUUGUUUACCCCCCCACAGACAGUUGAAAAUGUUUAUAGAACUUUUUUUAUGUUUAUGUGAUUGUAACUUAUUUUUUAUUGAAAUUGGAUUUUGUUCUUAACAUGGUGCAAUACUGAACAUUCCAAACGUGGUUUGGUGCUUAUUAUUAUAGUAAAAAUAUUGAAUAAUAUAUGGCGUUUCAUUUCAUUGCUUGCCUUAUUGCUCUCUCAUUCGGCUUCUAAUGGUUAGUUAUAGCUUUGUCUCGCUCUAAAGGUCAUCAUUAUAUAUUGGUUCCAAACUUUCCAAUCAUAUGCUUCAAAUUUAUGAUAAAUUAAUAAUCCGAAUCAUAUCUUACUUAGCGUACUUAAUCUCAUAUAUCAACACCCCAAUGAAAUGCCGAUGUUUAGGCAUUUGAGUUGCAUAACAUUAGUAUUUAUGUAACUAUUAAAUAAUAAAACAAUGAAGGUUUUGUGUAACUUAUUAACAUGCAUAGCUUAGGUAUUUAAUCAUUAUUAUGACUGCCUUGACAAACUUAUUUGGGUACCUUUUUUUUGGCAGCUAUAAUCACUUAUGCCAGAGAAGUAUGCAAACUUGGCUUUCGCUCUGCUGUGCACAUUUUUGGAUGUUGGCCUAAUGCUUUUUAAAUAGAUAUGUUGAAGCAUUAUAUAGAUAAAUUGACUAAUAUAAAUAUGAAAGUAAUCCAAUAUUAUUUCCACAAUGUGUUUAUGUGCAGCUAACAUUACCGAUAAUAGUACAUAUAUAACUCACGCAUUCCUAAAAGGAUUCUAUCUAAAUAAGUUUGUCAAUAUUUCCAUGUCCUAGUGAAAGUUAAAUCACAUUAUUAAUUUGAUCUUAAAACUUAUAUUUUAUAUAAUAUAAUUAUUUCAUUAUAAUGAUUGUUCAUGAAAGUAGUAGUUUCUGAACUUAAAAUGCUAAAAUUACCAAAUAGGUUUUUCUAUUCAGAUUAAAUUGACCUAAACUUACCUUUCUAUUCGUAAUGGUAGGUAGAGCCUACAGAGAGUAAAGAUGCCUAGAGUUAGACCAAAAUAAGUCUGCAACGAUUUUGAUUAUACGUCAUAUUUUCAUAGAAGUUUGACGUUUAAAUAACACUUUAACUGCGCGUGCUAUCAAAUUCGUUGCAGACUUAGCUUGGUCUAACUCUAAGUAAUUUAAUUUCUUAUUAACAAUUUGAGUUAACUUUCACGGAUCAAAGUAGGUAAAUAACUCAAUGUAUGUUAAAAAUGAAUGGCAAGAGAAAAAUUGUCAGUCUACUAAACAGUCGGUUAUCGCAACUCUACUUCCUAUCUUAAAGGUAUGUUUUUCCGGUAAUAAGAAAUAUACCUAGCUAAAAUUUACUACUUGUCUUUUUUUAGAAUACGAUUUUAAGCUCCAAAAUUAGUCCGUUUUUUUAAAUAAUAUUUCAUGUCGCGAUUUAAAUCUGGUAUUACUAUUAUACUAGCGACCCGCCCCGGCUUCGCACGGGUGCAAUGCCGAUGUAUUAUACAUAUAAACCUUCCUCUUGAAUCACUCUAUCUAUUAAAAAAAACCGCAUCAAAAUCCGUUUCGUUGUUGCGUAGUUUUAAAGAUCUAAGCAUACAUAGGGACAGACAGACAGACAGCAGGAAGCGACUUAGUUUUAUACUAUGUAGUGAUUUAAAGAAACAGUAGUGUUAGGUACCAAUGUACCCGCAUUGUUCGAUGUUGCCAGUUUAGACCUCUGAAGUUAGAACUUAUAACUUUAUAAAAUUGGGCCCUGAAGACUGCGAAGGCCAUGAUAGGACCUUAAAAGCUACGAAUUUAACUCCCACGUACGAUCAGUGAAAAUCAAAAGCGACAUCGCUGUAUAAUUUAGUAGAUUGACAAUUUUCAUUACAAGCAAUCAAAGGGCUUGUCAGUUUUGAUACGAAAUUUGUAUGGAACGUAAAUGGAGUGAAUAUAAACUAUUUUUAUAAUGGGGACGAAAUGUUAGGUGGCUAUACGCAUUACUUAUCAAUACCUAGAACUAACGUAUUGCGAUUUGUAAGAUAUAUGGCUGACCGUGUUACCUAGGCUGUAAGGAAAUUACAUUUUUAUCGCUAGCUGGGCUUGAGGCUUAUUUCUCACUUCUGCAAUAGGCCAGGGGUAGUAAACAGGGCAGGUGAGCAUGGCUUUAAAAAAUGACAAUGAAUCUAAAGAGCGCUAUUGGUACACCAUCGCUGUUACACUCAAAUGCUCCGUUUAGCACUUUGUCAUCAAAAUUCAUGUCACAAAUCAUGAAUUCAAGCCUCAUCUGCCUGAAAGAAUUAUCUGCAAAAAAUAUAAUGAGUAUGAAAUGUAUUUUUGCCAAGAGAAGGGUGAAUUAAUUCGUGAACAAAAAUAAAGUUAAGUUGCGUCUGUACUCUCCGGUAUAUUGAUGUUUGCACACUUGCUGAAAAAAACUGCUUCUGAGUAUUGCAAAUUUUUCGCUGUAAAAAGAGCUUUAGUGAAAUUUGCUUUGUUCGAAAUUAAACCCUAUAUGAUAAGGAGCAAGGGCUAUUUUUCUACAACUAUGAGAAAGGCAUAAUAAUGGUGUCUGUAACAACGUUAUAUUUAAAAGUACGAUUUAGUGAAUCAAACUUGCGAGGUGAGAAAAAAGCUCUAAAAAUAUGGAAAUGGUAUAUUUUGCGGUUGAUGGUACAGUCGAGGUCAAAGAUAUGUUUACAUUUUUCGCCUUAUUACAAACUAAUAAGGUGCAAAAGUGUAAACAUAUUUUUGACUUCGACUGUACAUCCGAAUUAUCAAAGAAAAUUCUCUAGUAAUCCAUAGAAGUACCAGUUUUCAAACUUAAUUCGUUUCUAUUGGAAGCAUUACCAAAAAGUAUUUUUGUUGUAAAAUGAACCUUAGUGCACCUGGAAAUACGACUUUUAAUCGAUCAGCUUUGAGAUGAUUUUUUCUCAGUGAAUGACACAGAUAUUAUCUCUAACUGUACGGUGUACGAGAAAAAUAAAAUAGCGCAAUUACUUUAUUUUAUUCUUGUCUACAUGAUGUAAGCUAUUUUACAAUACAAAAUUCUGUGUUCCUUUCCAUUCCUGGUUCUAAAUCUGUUGGUUUCUAAAAUGCUAUGUUUCGCAUUGUUUUAUAGCAAACAUACGGUCGAUAUUCCCAAACAUUUUUUUAGUAAAGCUAAGUAUGAUUUUAAAAAAUCUGCUUAAUGAUUCAUAAAGAGAAGAUGUACUCGUAUAGGUACUCCAUAUAUUCGAUGUAUGGAUUGCUGUAUAAUUUGUUCAUACUAUUAUUUCUCUGAUUCCUAGGUAACAUUUUAAGUAUAUUUACGUAUGUUAUGUGUAUGUUUACUUGAAUUCAAUAUGGUUUCGAAAUCAGAUUAAAUGAAAAUGUUUUGUUCAGCGGAAUUAAAUUAUAAAAAUUAUGUACUAGUCAAAACACCAGUUUAAGUUCAUUUUUUGUAAUGCAUCUUUCUGUGAUAUGAUUUUUAUAUUAAUAGAACAAAAUAUCCUCUUGUUACAAAAUGCAUGAAAAAGCAUCUUAUUUGGCUUAUCUACUUCACCUAGCCUUUGCGUACAGUAAAACUAAUAAUAACUAUUAAAUUAAAAAAUAUAUACCCCCUACGCUACAUGCCAAAAAAUCCAUUUUAUGCCAGAAAUGCCUUACAUCAUUUUGGAAAAGAACUGAUACUCUUCAAAGCGCUGGAUCGAUUUGUAUGAAACAUAACUAUAUAACUAAGAGCCACCGCAAGUAAACUCGCUUUCACGUAAAUAAAACCACAUCGAAAUCGGUUCAUCCGUUGGAGAGCUACGAUGCCACAGACAGACAUUGGUGUUAAACAUAUAAUACCUCUCUUAUUGCUUCGGGGGUUAAAGAUCUAAUUGUUAUUGACAGUAAGCGCCACUUGCACCAUCCCACUAACAUCGACACUGGGUUAACGGUUUAACCGCUUAACCCCGGGUUAGUUGGAAGGAGCAAGUGGCGCCAAGAGUGGCUAUAACUGUACCUAUAGAAAAUAUAGAAAUAACAGAAAGAAAGGCGUAUUCAAUUAAAAAAGUUACUUUUUCAUGCAGAUUUUGACAUUCUUCUUAUAUGUAUUAGCCACAUAACAUCCUCAACUAGGAGAUAAUUAUAGGAUUUUUAAAGCGUUAUUUUAAUUUCAUUUAUGCUCAACUGUUUAAGAAGUUUUUGUUGAUGUUAUUUUUAAAUGUAUAAUUUUCUUUAACACCCUCAAACUAACAGUUAAACCAUUAACUAUGAAAAUUAUACAAAAAAGUUUACAGAUGAAAUUAAAAAUAGAUGUGGUGAUCUAACAUAGUGAAAGUUAGUGCCAAUGCAAAGUAAAUCUUAUGAUAUACUCACAAGAUACAUACUUAGUUGCUAUUAUGAAACCGAUUGAUCAACAAACACUGUUUGAUAGUCUCGCAUCUAUUGUUUAUUCAGUCUAAUAUUUCUAGGUAAAGUAAGGACGCUAAGCACGGAUAAUUUCGCCACCCGCCAUUUCCUAUCUCUAUCGCACGCGCAUAAUUAUAUUGCUGUCUCGCUCGCAGAGUGGCAUUGACCGCUAUACUUGCUGCAAUACCAACUGGCGACUGAGAUUAUAAUGUUAUCCUUUACCCUUGUUAAGACCAACCAAGUGUGAAAGAGAUGGCAUUAUGACCUGACUCGCCACUUAGUUUUGCGGCAAGUAUAGCAUCAUCGGCGGCACAGCAAUAUAUAGUUUGUCAAAGGACUGUCUCAUUUCAAACAUAAACAGAGAGAAUCAUACUAUCUUUGUCUUACAUUAGUACUAGCACCCAAAAGAAAAGGAUGAGUAUAGUUUUUUUUUGUUCUUAUUUACUGACAAUUUGGUAGAGGGUGCUUUGCGUCCUUACAUUAUUUGGCAGCCAUUUUGGUUGUAAACAGUUGCAGCGAUUCUAGCUAAGGCAUAGUGAUUUAUUAUUAGAUUCUCAAUGAUAGUUUUGUUACGCUUUGUGUAAGAUUAGAUCCUAGUAAUCAUUUAGUUGUUAAAUUAUUAUUUAAUGAGAAAAAAAUCGAAAAAUUAAUAAUUAUAGUAAGCGACAAAUCGAUACAAUUAUAUUGAGUGUAACAUAUUUAAUACAUUGAAUUUUAAAAAAAAUGUGGUUAAAAUGACGGACAGUGUACAUCCAAUCCAUUCCAUGUAUUUGCAAAUCGGCUGGCUGUGUUUAAACUAAGGACGCUAUAAGUACGAAGAAUUUCGUACAGUCGCCAUCGGAUAUAUCGGAGCGGCCGAGAUGCUCAAAAGUAUCUGAACACGCACUCUAACGCCUUGACAAUGAGGGCUACCGGUUUUGUGCUCACCAGUUGGCGCCACUGUAGAUGUAGGUCCAGAAAAACAGAUCUCAAAAUUCUUCUAUGCUUAUUUUUAUAAAAUCGAUACAUUUUAAUAUACACAAAGGUAUUUUAACGUCUAAAUGUGUAAUUUUAUCAACCUGUUUAAUUUUUAGCAUAUAUUUUAGUUGGCACUUUUUUAAACCACUAACAUUUAUUGAGCUAAUUGAGCUAUAUCUAUUGUUUACCAUGAUUAAUCAUAAUCAAAGAUGGACAAAUAUUUACCACAAUUAUGAAUAAGGAGUGGAAAUUCCCGAUACUUAAAAAAACUUGAAACCCCCCAAACUUCUAUGCAUUUGACAUUUUGAAAGACCUCCAUCUACACUAGCGCCCCUGGCGGCGAAAUUAAACGAUUUAGAUGUUUGUGAGCACCUUGGCCGCUCCGAUAUAUCUGAUGGCGACUAUACAUUGACAUGACACGCCAUAAUUUCCUAUCUCUAUCGCACGCGCAUACUUAUAUUCCUGUCCCGUUAUGCUGCCGGCGGUCAAUGCCGCUGUGCGAGCGAGACAGCUAUACAAUUAAGCGCGUGCAAUAGAGAUAGGAAAUGGCGUGUCUAUGUACAAAAUUCUUCGUGGUUAGCGUCCGUACUUUAUAAGUUGAUAAAUAUCUGUACUAGCUAGCACACUCUUAACUGAUUAAUACUGAACCUUACGUCUUUGGUAUAAGAUCGACGAAUAAAACAGUUAAUUAUGGACGCUGGUAGAGUUAGACCAUGAUAACUCUGCAGCUAUUUUCUAACACAGAGCAAGAAAGUGUUAUAUUGAACGUCAUAAUUUUAUAGACGUUUAUGAUAAUUGAUAACACUUCCACGCUCUGUGCUAAAAAAUCGCUGCUGUUUUUUAAUGAGUUACUGUGCCGAUGGACCAAAACCGUUAAAAAAUUAUCAGAUAUUUAGAAACUUAUAUCUACUUGAAAGUGAACUAUUGGAGAAACAUCCAUCCCUUUUGGAAAAAAACUUCAUAAGUGUGAAAGGGAUGGUUGUUCUAUGUAUGCAAUAAACACAAUAUUCGAUGUACAGUACUGGUAGUGGUUAACUAUAUGGUCAAAGAGUAGUUAUAAUAGUACCUAGGGUGCGUUGGGGUGAGAUUGAACAGGUUUUUCAUGCGGGGCAAAGAUAGAUAUAACUCUUAUUAUAUCCUCUUUGAUGCGGGGUAAGAUGAAAGUCGCGCGUAAUGCUUCGGCAUACGGACAAUUUUUUGUCUUAAGUACAUGAAAAACCAGUUCAAUCUUAUCCCAACGUACCCUACUACAGUUAAAAGAAAAUAAAAUGUGUCUCCAAAAUUUAAUUCAUAAUUUCAUUCGAAAUGCGUAUAAAUCAUGGCCACUUACUGGCAAACCAUUCAAACCAAUACAAUUACGACAAGGUUUUAUCACUAUUAUAUCAUCAAAUGUAGGAAAAUAAUUCUAUUAUAACUAUUCUAUGGUAUUUUCAAACACUCGUCUCUAAAAUAAUACCUUUACAGGCUGAUUGUAGUGUCAACAAAUUAUAGUAGGUACCGAACAUUUAAAUAUAAUCCUUUUACUUGUAAAGUUAUUAUACGUAUUAUAGAUGAAAGUAAUCAAAUCCCUAGGUUAUUUAUCAAAAAGACAAGUCUAGAAUCUGUAACUGUAAUUACUUUGUUAGUAAAAGGAUAGAUUAGUCUUUUAGACAACACUGUACAUAAAUAUUUAAUUUGAAUAAAUAGCACGGAAACUGUUCUGAUCA